AACUAAAAUAUUUUAAUUUCGCGAUAACAACAUUAUCAAAUACUGCCAUAUUUGGUACGACCAGAGACACAGAGGGAGAGAGAGUCCGUGAGAGAGAUGGGAUUGGAAGUUACGGAAGUAAUCAGUGGAUGGAUGGAAGGAGAAAUCAAGAGCUUCAUCAAGGUAUGGCUCCUAGUCAUUGCAUCACUAAGCUACUGUUACUCUGUCUCCAGAAAUGUCCCAAAGGGACCAUCCAGGCUCUUAACAACACUUCCUGUUGUAUUUCUCAACCUUCUCCUCCCUCUCAACCUUCACACCUUGCAUCUUGGAGUUUCAAGUGCUUUCUUCUUAGCUUGGCUUUGCAACUUCAAGCUCCUCAUGUUUGCAUUUGGCAAAGGCCCUUUAUCAGAUUCCUCCUUAUCUCUUCCCCAUUUUCUUGCCCUUGCUUGCCUCCCCAUCAAAGCCCGUCAUCAAAACAACCCUUCUACCAAAACCACCCAGAAAGGCCUGAAAUCACUGUGGAAUUAUGGGAUCAAACUUUUACUCAUCCCUUUGUUCCUUAAAGCUUAUGAUUACGAGGACCAUAUCCACCCUAAGCUCACCUUGGUCGUAUACGCUAUCCACAUCUACGUUGGUUUGGAAACUUUGCUCGCCAUAGUUGGAGGUCUGGCUCGAGCCAGUCUGGGCAUAGAACUUGAGCCACAAUUCGACGAGCCAUACCUGUCCACCUCGCUUCAAGACUUCUGGGGAAGGAGAUGGAAUAUUAUGGUGACACGUGCACUCCGUCCGUCAGUCUACCUGCCGGCACUUAAUCUUUCUCAACGGCUCACGGGCCGAAAAUGGGCCCCUCUACCAGCGAUUUUGGCCACGUUUAUUGCUUCUGCUGUGAUGCACGAGUUGAUUUUCUUUUACAUGGGCCGAAGGUGGCCGACUUGGGAGAUUUCCUGUUUUUUCCUGCUCCAUGGGGUGUGCUUAGUGGUCGAGGUUGCACUGAAGAAGUACCGCGGCCUAUCGGGCGAAAGAGGGUUGCCACGGAUAAUUGCGGCACCGUUGACCGUUGGAUUCGUAAUGGUUACAGGCUUUUGGCUAUUUUUUCCGGAAUUCUUACGGUCCAAUGCGAUGGUUAGAGCAAGUAGAGAGUACGAAGCGAUGGGUGCCUUCUUUAGGGAUUUUUAUAGAGCUUUGUAGUGGCGCAAGUAUCAUUAUAUACACAACAAACACAAAAAACACGAAUGCUUGUUGUGAUAAUAAACCUCAAAAAUUUCAAUUAUAUAUUCCUGGCUUGUAGGUUGUAGUAUAAUUAAUGAGUGUAUUUGGAUUGUAAGUUAUUUGAAAUAUUUUUACUGUA